UGAUUAUUUACUUCAACUUCCAUUUCGUAUUGAGUUCUUCUACAAAAUAAAUAUUUUAUUGAUAUUUCCAAUAUUAAUACAAUCAGCAUUUUCCAACAUUGGAUCAAUUGCAACACUGAAGUCAAAAAUGCAUCAUUAUAUGAGACUUUUCGGAGUGCAAAACACGUUAACCUAUAUUAUUGAUUUCUGAGAAUCAUAAAUUAAAUAAAUAUCAAUAAUAUUUAUAUAAUUGACUCCAUUGAAUUAUAUUACAUUCCUUAACCUUGAGUUAUUAUAAGUUACGUAAACUUUUCCAUAAAUUUGUCUCCGACUUUCUUUUUUCCGAUCUUGGGUUUAGUUAUAGCUUUUUAUUUGUACGCUUUGAACUCUACCAAUUCACUAAGUAAUUUCAAUUCAACUUUCCUUUUUCAUAAUUAAUUAUAGAUACCUUUAUGUAUCAGCCAUAUUCAAAAGAAUUUAUUAAAUAAAUCGAACUAUUUAUAAUAAGUUACAGAACAACAUCUUAAGAAUAUUUUCACUCUCUUAUAAUUGUUUCCAAAUUGAGUAUUUUUUGAUAUUCCAGUUGCUAAAAAUGCCAAUUCACUAUACUUAUCAAUAAUGAAAUUGAUUGAGAUAUUUUGAACUCGAUUUUUAUUGUGUUCGGGGUAUGAAAAAUGUAAGCUCUUCGUAAAUGAAGAUUUAUAUAAUUCAUUCAUAUAAGACUGCAAGGAGAUUUGUAAUUCCUGUUAAAAGAUUAUUACUUUUCACAAAGAAGGGAAGAAAUAUAUUAUUAUUAUAAUAUAUACUUAAAUAUUUUCCAAUUUAUUGAUGAAAACUCUUGUUAUCUUUAAUGACGAGUACUCAAUAAUGAUCAAUAAUAUUUGUAUUGAUGAAUGUCGAGAAAUGAUACUAAUCUCCAGUCAUACGAUUUGUGUUAGGAUCGGGAACAUCAAAGACGAUGUUCCUUAGCUUUAUAAAGUUUAUAGAAGAGCUCCACUCAUGUUUAAAAAUAUUAUUUGAAUUAUUGUAUGCUCUUUCUUUAUGUGAGAAUAAUUCAUUGAGAUUAUGUUGAUUGAUAAAUCACAUAACAUUAGAUUUGCAACGCAGAACUAAUUGAAAAAUAGUGAUCUCAUUGUUGAAUCACUGUUACUGCGAGUAAAGUCAGGAAAAAAUUGUAUUCAAGUUUAUAUGUCCUGGAAACGUUCGAGAGUAACGUAGCUCUUCCACAUUUUUUCACUUUCUAUAAAUAGUUUAACUGAAUCAAAAAGCGAUUUUUGAGUAUGGUAUUAUUUACUAUAUACGGCACUGUUGUAUUUAAAUCAAUUACUGCAUUCGUUUCCAGAAAAAUGUAUUCUGCUCAACUGGCAGUAUCUCAAAUGUUGAAAAAUGCCUGAGGGCAGUUGGUUGACGUUGGCGGGAGGAGACAACCGCAACCCCAACCCCAACCGCAACCGCAACCCGUGCCUCCGAGGCCGAGACCUCAACCUCGACCCCGUCCCCGGCCCAGACUGGCUGAAGCAGCUGAUGAUACUUUGAACCGCGUCUCCAGACUCAAUCACCUAGAUCAAUUCCUCAAAAUCGUUGUCAGGAAACGUAACCGUCAACGACAUUUGGAAUACAAAGAUAAUCUAAAGAUGCUUCAGGAUAUACGGGGAGAUACUAAUGAAGAACCAGAAGACAUACCUGCUGAUAAGAAACAGGAACCGAACUUCACGACGAUCUGAACUAAUCGCCGAUCAACAUCUCCUAGGAGUAUCGGAUAUAACGUUGACUUCGAAUCAAUCUGUGGGAGUCGCCAAUUUGCCUCCGACUCCAGUUGUUGUUGGAGCGGAAGAGCAGCAACUUUUAACACCUGUUGUGGCGCCACAACCUGAUAUGGAAGCAACGUUCAUUGAGCACAUGUUGCCACCCACAGACGUAGAGAUGCUGCCAUUCAUGAGAGACGAACCACAGCAGGUAGGAGACACACCUCAAGAAGCUCCUCCAGCCAAUCAACCUGAAAGUGCUCCCAGAGCUGAUGUGACGAUGAGAGAAGAAGAGGAUAAUGUCGAAAGGAUGCCGAAUGUUUUCCAAGAACCGGAGAAUGCAGCUGUGACAGUGUCCGUCACUGUUGGUAAUAUUUCCUUUGUACACGCACUGCCCACUCAUGAGUUGAUGGAAGCAGAGGGUGCAAGGGUGGUGCAGCCACCCGCAGACAACAUCGCUACAAGAUUGAGACCAAGGCGGAGGAGGAGAUUGGCAUUUGAAGAUUAUCCGAUCAGUCCUUCUGAGCCUCCAAGAAGGAGAAGGAAACAAAAGAAGAGAAGUCAACCAAGAAAAGAUGCGCCAGCUGAUGUGCCCCUUGAUGCACCCCACCCACCGGCUGAUGCACCCCUUGAUGCACCCCACUCACCAGCUGAUGUGCCCCUUGAUGCACCCCACCCACCAGCUGAUGUGCCCCUUGAUGCACCCCACCCACCAGCUGAUGUGCCCCUUGAUGCUCCCCACCCACCAGCUGAUGCUCAUUUUGAUGAUUUGGGUGUGAUGCCUUUGCCAGAACAUGAUCAACAAGACGGAGAACCGUUGUUCCACACCCUGGAAAACAGGAAAGACGACAUUAUUGCAGAAUUGAGAGAGCUGCAGAUGAAGCAUGGAAAUUUGAUAAGUUUUGUUCAAAUUUGCCCUACUGAAAUAACACGCCGUGAUAGAGCAGCUGGCGUCUUUGCAAUACUUUUAGAACUGUGUUAUGAAAGACAGAUUGAAUUGAUCCAAGAAGUUCCUAAUGCGCCGGAUCAUUUAUUUAUCAAAAUGAGAUUUGGUGAGCAGGUAUAAAAAAUGGUUAUCCUUUAUCCAAGUUCCUAUUCCAUUUGCUAGUUAUUAAAUCAACAAUAAUUACGCCUAUAUUUAUUUUAAUGUAUUUUCCUAGUCUUAAUAUAAUAAUAUAUUAAAUGUGAUAAAUAUAUUUUACCAGUCUUAUACACAUAUCAGUCUUAAACACAUAUUAUGUGUUUAACAAAUAUUAUCCAAUAACUUGAAUUUAUGAGUUAUGAAUUUCAGAAUUCUACAUACAAUUAACAAUGGAAUUAUUUUUAAAUGGAUCUGAAUAUAAUGGAUAUUUUUGAAUGAUAUUCAUUUACACUCAGUGAACUUUAUCCAAUAACUUGAAUUUAUGAAUUUCAAAAAUUUACAUGGAAUUAAUAAUGAAAUUAUUAUUUUUAAAUGGAUCUAAAAUUGUUACACUCAGUAAACUGACAAUCAAAUUUAGGCCUAUUUGUAUAAGAUAAUAUACUGUAUUAUUAAAUACUUGGAGAAAGCAAUAUACGAAAAAGCUUGUAAUUUUAAAAUUAAUCAUUCAAUUAUUGUAAAAUUAUUUUCUUAAUUGGUGGUCUCGACUUGUCAAACAUAGCGUGCCCAAUUGUACGAGUAUUUUAGCAAUAAUUUCAUGAAUGUUAUAUUACAUUGCUGCUUUUAUUUAUUAUUUUAUAUUAUGAGUUUUUAUAAGAGAUCAGACUGAUGGUUGUAAAAGAUAAUGCUUUUUACUUGCGAAUAGAAUGAUUUAUGUUGCUGGAAUAAAUGGUCUAUUGAAUAUAUAAAUUAUUCCAAAAAAGAGUAUUGAUUAUUUUUACUUUAUUUUUAAAUGAUAUGACCUAUUUAAUAAUGUUUCAAACGAUUUUUCUAUUAUUUGUUUCAUAUGGAAUCUUCUAUUAAGUAGGUUAUUAUUCCAUUGGAAUACCUACCAAUAAGGUAUUACCUAUUAAAUAGGUUUGCAGUGUAUUGCUACUCUGUGAAAUUUUAAGAAAUGAGUUUGUGAUCAUGAUAUUAGUUUUUAUUAUUGAUAGGCAUUCACCAUUUCCUAUAAUUAUCUGGUUCUGGUUUCAUGAUAGGAACUGUUUUUAGUAAUUCGAUGAAGGCCUACCUACUGCAUCUAAAUAAAAUUCAUUCAAUCAAAAAUUUUACUGCAAUAUUCAACAACCUAUGAAUACAGUAAUAGCUAAUAUUAUAAUACCUUGACUUAUAAUAAUCAUUAUAUCAAAUUAAUUUAUGUGAGCAUAAUAUUAGAUUCAAUAAAUUCGUGAGUUUUCAAAAAAUAUUGGAUAAGAUAGUAGAAAUGAAGUAUUAAGAAAAUAGUCAUAAGAUUCAUUAUAUUUAAGAUUAGUAGGACAUGAUAUAGUUGAAUACGGUACUAAUUUCAUUGUGUUAUGUUAUUUUGUCUGUGAUUUAUAAUGUGGUUAAAGUAUUUAUUCUUCAACCAUUCUUGAAGGAAGCCUGAAUUUGAAUACUUAUUUUUCAGUUUUCUUGACAUGAAUUUCUUGUUUAUUAUUUCUUGUGAAUCUCAUACUGCUCUAACUGAAAUAAAUAUUAUUCUAUAUGUAUUAAUUCGAGCUGUGAUGAGGCUUCCUCUCUUUCAGAGUUCUAUGGAUGGUUUUCAAUAUUUUUGCGAUACACUCUAUUAUUUAUGAUACGUUCCUUGCGGUAAUCACUAGCACUGUAAAUUUACACUCUAAUAUUCAAAGCAUUUAGCGAAUUCACUGUAAACCUUGAAUACCUUGGAGUUGUAAUUGAAAUAAACACUUUCCUGGUGA